UUUCCAUGUUUAAUCUUCUCGUUAUAGUCAACGGAAACUAAAUGGAAGGGGAAAGAGGAGGCAACGCGGCUUCCUGUUUUUCUAGGGUUUGCAGUAGCGCAGGGGGGAAAGGUCUUUUAUCUUUUUGUGGGCGGUUGGUGCGAUGAUAGGAGUGGCGCGGCGGUGGCGGAAUCGGCGUCGUCGUGAAUGGCAUGAGGUUGAGAGGCGAACAGCAAUCAUGCCGCUACAGUCGAUUCAUUCUCGCUGUUUGAUCCUCGUGGGUGGGAAUCACACCGCCGCCCGCUUCUGUGCUCGCUAGGCCACUCCAAAUUGUCCCCCUGGGUUUGUACAGCAAUUCCAAGAUUCUUUUCCCCCCAUCGAUCGAUCCAUGGGGUGGAUCAGGCACGGCUCUCUCCUCCGCCCCCUCUUCCUCGCCUUGAUUCUUACCCUAGUCUCCUUCCUCUCCAUCAAGCUCGUCUAUGAUCCGGGGGCGCGGCCGGCGGCGGCGGCCAAGAUCAAGUGGCAGCCGCGGCAGCAGCUCAUGAUCGCGGAGGAAUUCGCGGCGACGGGCGAGGAUCUCACGCUGCGCCACCGCUUCUCCUCCUACGACGAGUACCUCCAGCUCCAGCUGCGCAAGACGAGCGACGCCAAGCUGCGCAAGAUCUGGACGAGCAGGGACUGGCGGCGCAAGGUGGAUGCGUUUGGGGCAAUCUUCCGGCGGCUCAUCCAGCGCGAUCUCCUCCGCCGGGAAUCCAAGGCGCUGUGCAUCGGCGCCAGGGUAGGGCAGGAGGUCCUCGCUCUCAGGGAGAAUGGCGUGGUGGAUUCCACUGGCAUCGAUCUCGUGCCGGCGCCGCCGCUGGUGAUCCGUGGCGACAUCCACAGCCAUCCCUUCCCCAGCGACACUUUCGACUUCGAAUUCUCCAACGUCUUCGAUCACGCCCUCUUGCCAUCGCGAUUCGUGUCGGAGAUCGAGCGCACGCUCAAGCCAGGGGGAAUUGCGGUGAUCCACGCCAUCAUCCACGCCCGCGGCGACAAUUUCUCCGCCAACCAGCUGCGCAGCCUGGAUCCGCUGGUGGCGCUCUUCGAGAGAUCCGAGGUCGUGGAAGUCCGGGCGGUGGACGCGUUUGGGCUAGACACGGAGCUAGUGAUGAGGAAGAGGCCGAUCCAGCCGUCCAGCUGUACGCCCAAGAUCUCGCGCCACACGAUGCGCCUCGCGGAGCCGUUGAUCGUCCAGGAGCCGGCCAAGCCGUGGAUAGUGCUCAAGCGCAACGUGGCCAAGAUCCAGUACCUGCCACGCCUGCUCGACACGUCGGACUUCCACGGCCGGAGCCGCCACGUGUACGUGGACGUUGGCGCGCGCACGUACGGCUCCAGCAUUGGCGGCUGGUUCAAGAAGGCGUACCCGACGUACGGCAGGAACUUCACGGUGUACGCCAUCGAGGCUGACGCGGCAUUCCACGCUGGCUACGCCAAGCGCCGGGACGUGACGCUGCUGCCGUACGCCGCGUGGACGAGGAACGAGACGCUGAUGUUCGGUACGGCGGGCGACGACAGCAUGGGGAGGAUACAGUCGGCGUCCUCGUCGGCGCCGCGUCGGACGUCCACGUCGGUGCAGGGCUUCGACUUUGCUGCCUGGCUGGCGGACACGGUGGCGCCCAGCGACUACGUGGUGAUGAAGAUGGACGUGGAGGGCACGGAGUUUGAGCUGCUGCCCAGGCUUAUCGAGAGUGGCGCGAUUUGCCUGGUGGACGAGCUCUUCCUCGAGUGCCAUUACAACCGCUGGCAAAAGUGUUGCCCGGGCGAGCGGAGCGCAAAGUACAAUCGCACUUACACCCAAUGCCUGGCUUUGUUCCAGUCUCUCAGGGCCUCUGGGGUCCUUGCUCAUCAAUGGUGGUGAAAAUUUUUUUUUCUCUGAUUGUGUAUCUGAUUGUGUAGUGAUCACACACAACUAUAUCAUGGGUAAUAGCGAAUGAGUGCCAAAUCUCAUCA